CGCUUUUCGAAAGUUCGAGGUCCGAGCUUCCUUCUGCCUCUUGAGCUACCUCCCUGGCAUCCUUAUACUGCCCGAGAGCUCGUAUAAAACUCUGAAGCCCUCAGUUCUACAUUCUAGCGCCUCACGCGCAUCAAAACGCUUCACUGCCAGCGGGUAGUGGCCCCCCAAAAUGAGCGGUACUGGAGGUUAUUACAAGUACCGGUGUAAAUACUGGUUGACUUAUAAUUGCCCGAAUUGGGUGUGGGUUAAUAAUGCAUCUUGUGCACAUUGCUUGGCAGAGGGCCGCGACUCCGAGACCGCGGUGCUGUCUGGCGCAUUCAGCAGAGUGCCAGAGACGUACGUAGUACAUCUUGAAACUUGUUCCCUGCACUGCAAUAACAGGGAGACCAUCGAAGCCAGCGGCGGGAAGGGUGAAUGGGGCUUGGAGGACGGCCCUUCACAGCUAUUCCCAACAACUUCAGAACAUUUUGGGCUCGACGCCCAUGAAUUAUGGUCUUGAUCUUCAUCAACUUCUGAACACAGAAUUCUAGCAUAAACGGCAGAAAGGAACUGGUUGGACGGCGGGAAGGUCGAGCGAGUCCAGAGAGGGGAGAAAGUGGUAAAUUCAGUGUUAUUUUUGCAGUUACUGGCAGGUUCAACUUUUUGGAAGUAUUUAUUGGGAGGAAACAGAGCUCAAAUUUGAUCAAAUGGUACCACCAGGUUCAAUAUCUC